UCGGCCCGUCAGUCGUGCCCAUUGUUCUUCGGCCUCAUAGCUUUAGCCUCAUACCCAAGCAAACUCCUUCAAGCUUUCCCAGUACAAAUUCAAAAUCUUCCCUCAAAUUCAUCGCAUCAUUCAUAAAUUUUCAACCUUUCAAGCUUCUUAGAGAGAGAGAGAUGAGGCUACUGAACUACUUGGGGCAAUGGAGAAGCGUAGCAAAGGAAGCAAAGGAUCUCACAGUAACUGUAGCGAAGUUCAUGGGUUUGCUCCACGUCACCGACGCCUACCUCUGCUCCUCCACGCUCGUCUACGGUCCUAGUAUGCUCCCUACCUUAAACAUUUCUGGCGAUGUGCUCCUGUCCGAACACGUGUCCCAUCGCUUUGGGAAGGUGGGUGCCGGAGAUUUGGUCCUGGUUCGGUCUCCGAAUGACCCUCGAAAGAUUGUGACCAAGCGUAUUUUGGGCAUGGAGGGUGAUCAAGUCACCUUCUUUGUCGACCCCAAGCACAGUGACAGGUCUCAGACUACUGUGGUGCCUAAGGGGCAUGUUUGGAUUCAGGGGGAUAACAUAUAUUCCUCCUUUGAUUCACGAACAUAUGGAGCUGUACCUUAUGGUCUUAUUCAAGGCAAAGUGUUUUGCAGGGUGUGGCCACCUGAUGGCUUUGGAUCAUUGGAUUGAUGAGCAUAAAGAAGAUUAUAACAUUAAGAUUCAAACUGCUUACUGGGGUAACAAACUCUUGAAGCUCUGCUGGAAUGUAUCAAGUCCAAAAGGUUUAACAUCAUUUAUCAGGUUUGAUUGAAGUAAAAUAUGAAGAAAAAAAAUGAGGAGUUCUAUUGUGGGACAGGGUUGGGAGGGGUGUUGAUGUUGGGGGAGAAUGGAGGAUGGUAAUAUGUUUCCACUACAGAAGCAAAUUUAGUGUGUUACAUUGGCGAUCUUUCAAAUUUCUUUAGUGGCCUGCCCUGUGUACUUGACUAAGCAGGAUGAGGAGUCUCAAAACUUUGUCUACACUCUUACAUCUGCUCUGGUGUCUUGGUAGUUCUAAGGAUUUCUUUUUUCCUUUUUGCACUCGCUGGUUGCACAACUAGUAAUUACUGGUCUUUCAGAUUACAUGCUUUUCUAGACUUAAAUAAAUUCUUAUUGUGCUUUUUCAUGACCAGGCAGCCAAGUCUUAAAUCUUUACAGAUUUCACCGCCAAUAACUUAGUAAUUAAAAAUUGUUUUCCUCCAAGUCUUAAAUUUUAGACUUUGCUGUACGUAGGAUCUUAUUGAAAAAAACAACUCAAGACUUUGCUUUACGUAGUAGGCUACUAUUUCAUGGUGUAGCAUGUGGAUUGUUUUUAAUAUGAUGCAUUCAAAAAUGAUGUUUUUUUCCGACAGGUUAUAUAUUGUUAUAACAUCUCUUUC